AGCAAAGACUACACUUUUGACGUUUCGUUAUUAUCUAUCUAUCUAUCUAGGUUUUGUGAUUGAAACGCCAUGAGUUGGCGCAAUGUGAGUAGUCGCCCACCGUAGAGUGCUAGCCUUCUGAUCACUCUAGCCUUCUGAUCAUUCGUUAAUCACGACUACCCCACUUGAAGAUAGAAGCCAAUAAGUGAAUCGAUCGGAUUUCAGGUGGAUUGGUGUUCCUUCUCUUGCGGGAACGAUGUUUUUCUGUUGAUCUUGGUUUUUGUCCUUUGCUGAGGCUGUAAAAAUGGUGUCUUGUUCAAUCCCUGCUUGGAUCGGUCGGUUCCUCGCUUGCCUGGGUGGUUGUUUUGGAUGCUGUACUAAACCCACACCAAUUAUUGCUGUUGAUGAGCCAUCAAAGGGUUUGAGAAUACAAGGGUUUGCUGUGAAGAAUCCUGGCAUCUCAGAUGGUUUUUGGAGCACAAGUACCUGUGACUUAGAAAACAGUGCUGUCCAGUCUCAAAGAAGCAUCUCUUCUACCACCAUAUCAAACCAAACCCUUUGUCAAAGCAGUUCAGUUGGUAGUGCUAGCAACAACUCCGACUUUGUUAAUCAUGGUCUUCUUCUUUGGCAUGAAAGUAGGCGUCAUUGGAUUGAAAGUAAUGGCAGUCUUGAGAGUAGAACUCUACAAAGCAGGCAGCCCAGACUAAGCUGGAAUGUGACUUAUGAAAGUUUAAUUGGGGCCAGAAACCCUUUCCCCAAGCCUAUCCGACUAUCCGAUACGAUUAAUUUUCUGGUGGAUGUGUGGGAGCAGGAAGGUUUGUAUGACUGAUGAACUAACUUGCAGGAAUCUUUUAGGUAGUUUUUCCAAUACAUAUAAGCUUUUAACACUUUGAGAGGUUUCUGUAUAUAACCGUGUGAAGGGAAAAAGAAAAACUGAAAACAAUUGUAAGAUGCACAUCUGAAUUCUUUCCACUUUGUUCUCACAUUUCCAAUGGAUAUAGAAACAGGAACUCGCUUGUUUAUAAUUCUUGGAUUAGAACGUUUAGAUGUUAUUGAGCUUGGUCAUCCGUGCUUGCAACGACAAGCCCAAGAUGAACAAGCAUGGAUGAGAGUUUUUAAUGGGGAUUGCAAUUUCUGAGUUUGGUUAA